CAAUAGUACAGUGACUAGUAUCCAAUAUGCGCCGUCAGCACCGCUGGGUGAUAUAUGCUUCUUCUCAAUCCAAGAAACCCUAGCCACUCUACGCUAUUCGCUGAAAUUUUCUGAUCAGUUUUCCAAUCCCUAGGGCAUGGCGCUAUCCGGUGUGAUGCGGAGGUCGAUCCGGCGAUUAAAGGACCCGUUACAGUCACAAUGCGUCGUCCUGAUAGCUUCGCUGAGAUCGCACAUAGUCGGUCCCACUCUGAGCGAGGCUGGCGUCAGCAGCUCGUAUCGCGAGCCGGUUUAUUCCGUUAUCCCUGACGAUUUCCGUCCAAGUUCGUUCCUUACUGGUUCGUCCAACGGCAUUCCGCCCUUUGCUUCCAGAUCGCCGUCCGAUUCUGAUCCAACGGUAGGAAGCAUCGCUGAUCUACGAUCUGAAGAUAUUUCUACGGCUCAGAUCCUUCCAGAUUCUCGAAAAUCGGCCCACAAGUCGUCCCGCGUUCAUCCACCUUAUAAGGUCUUCUCAAGUCCCGUACAAUCUCCAACCACACAGUACUUAUCCAACCAUAUACACUGGAGACAGGAGGACGAAGAGAGAGGAACAUUGGAACAAGCCUCAGCAUAUACACCUAGAAUUAGACCUGGGCCUAGCUCUCCUGUCUGGGUUGCGCAGUACCAAGCGGGCACAGGAGCUUGUACGGCACGGGACUUGUCGCCUAGCUUUGCUAGGCUAGCCAGCAGUACAGCAGCAGGCAGCAACGGUGACGGUAGUAGAGAUGGCAACAGCAGCAACGCCAGCAGAAGCAUUAGUGACAGUACCAGCACCAGCAGCGACAGCAGCAGCGACAGCAGUGCUAGAAGUGGUAGCGGCAGCAGCGGUGGUGAGAGUGCAUCGUGGAUAGAGCGGUAUUUGCCAGCCCCAGUGCAGCCGUUUGCUCAUCUGGCUCGCCUGGACAAGCCCACUGGCACGUGGCUGCUCGCCUGGCCUUGCUUCUGGUCCAUCGCCCUGGCUGCUCCAGCAGGCGCUCUCCCCGACCCUUUACUCCUCUUCCUCUUUGGCUCGGGAGCAGUGCUCUUAAGAGGAGCGGGCUGCACCAUCAACGAUCUGCUUGAUCAAGACUUUGACGCCAAGGUGGCGCGAACCAGGACCCGCCCUCUGCCUGCCGGGGCUGUCACCCCCCUCGGUGCUUCAUCUUUUCUCGGGUUACAGUUACUGCUGGGGCUGGGAAUACUGGUGCAGCUGAACACGUACAGGUGAGGUCGUUUUCAGCGCGUCAGACAGUGGUGCAGGAUAAGUGGGUGGAUCAUGGAGCAAGGGUAUUUCUGCAUGUUACAGGACGCGAUGUGAGCGUGAGGCUGAAGGGAGCCACGCAGAAGUGCCGCCAUCUUGUGAGUACAUGCUUGUGAGCAUUUGUGCAGUGCAGUGCAGCCCGUGCACUCGUUGCCCCCGUUCUACCCAUCGUUCUCUCUCCCGGGUCCACUACCUCUGCCUCGUGGUGCGUGCCUCGUGCAGCCAGGUGUUGGGAGCAGCAUCACUGCCCCUCGUCUUCUCCUACCCCCUUACGAAGCGAUUCACUCACUGGCCUCAAGCUUAUCUCGGUCUUGUUUUCAACUGGGGUGCUCUUCUGGGCUGGGCGGCAGUGCACGGCUCGCUGAACCUGCCAGCUGUGCUGCCGCUGUAUGCGGGCGGCAUCUGUUGGACGCUAGUGUACGACACUAUCUACGCUCACCAGGACAAGGCGGACGACAUCACUGCAGGGGUCAAGUCCACAGCGCUGCUCUUUGCCCACCGCACGCCCCUCUACCUCUCCCUCUUCGGCGCAGCAUCCAUCGCCAGCCUGGCUGCUGCUGGCUCUGCUGUCAACCUUGGCUCCCCAUACUAUGUGGCACUGGCAGCGGCAGGGGCACACAUGGCCUGGCAGAUAGCAUCCACAAACUAUGACAACCGGGAGGACUGCUACUCCAAGUUUGCUUCCAACUGGACAUUCGGCGCUCUGGUCUUUGCUGGCAUUGUGGCUGGCAAGCUCUUUGGUGUGUGAUCCUAGAAGGCGUUUAGUCUGCUGCACUGGGAGUGGCUGUUCCAGUGUGUAACAGAGCGUGUUCAAUAACAAAAUGGUGUUCACUGGAUAAUUCGUGAAGCACUUAUGAGCCUAUUGUUAGAGUAGCUGGAAAAGUGUGACUAAGGGAAGAUGUCGAGGGAUACAAAACUAGGGCUGUACUCGUUAAGAACUAAGUUAGCUAUGCUGAAAACAAAUAUGACCCAGCUAA